GGCUUUGGCUGGAGGAGGGGCGUCGAUUUAUCAUCAUCUGAUUGGACGGAACAGGCGGUCCAGAGUCAAUGGGCGGGGCUUGUAUUCAUCGUGGCCCAGGCGCAUCUGCAUGGCGGCUGCUGUUGGACAUUUAACCAAGCUAAACAUUUCAUCGCAGGAGUUUUGACAGCGGUUCUUUCAUGCAUGUGCAUCUGGCUUAUCAUGUUUGGAUGGAGUGAAUAGCCUUUUGUAGUCUCUCUUAAGUUGUAGCUUCUCCCAAAGCGUGUGAGACACUAAACCGGAUCAUGGAGCAGGUGGAGCAGCUGGAGUCUGUUAGAUCGGAGGUCUCCGAGGGGCAGAUGGAUGAAGGAAGCAGCGGCACCAGCACUCGAAGGAAGAGGAGGAAGCGAGAACACCGGCCGGAGUCCAUCAUCGUCUACCGCUCCGAUCCAGAGAGAGCCGCUGGUGAAGAGCAUGGAGGAGAUAGUGAGGCUGGAGAGAGGAACUCUGAAGAAGGGGCUACAUUUCUCAACAACCCCAGCAGUGAAGGUUGGGCUGUGCCUCCGGAUAGUCGCUACGUGACGCUCACAGGGACCAUCACGCGUGGAAAGAAGAAAGGUCAGAUGGUGGACAUUCACGUCACGCUCACAGAGAGAGAGUUGCGCGAGAUGGCGAGGUCAAAGGAGCGCCUGGACGCCGAAUGCGACGCUCGAGAGGGAUCGAGCCGCUCAUGCGGGUUUGGCAUUUCUCAGGGUCCUCACGUCAUCCUCUGGAGUCUCUCCUGCGCUCCCGUAGUCUUCGUCCUGUCCUUCAUCACCUCAUUCUACUACGGGACUCUCACUUGGUACAACAUUUUCCUGGUGUACAAUGAGGAACGGACGUUCUGCCAUAAAAUCACGGUCUGCCCCUUCCUCAUCAUCUUCUAUCCCGUGCUCAUCGUGGCGCUGUCGCUGUCGCUGGCUCUGUACUCGGCCGUGGUGCAGGUGUCCUGGGCCUUCAGCGAGUGGUGGAUGUCUGUCAGGGAUUUAGAGAAAGGUUUCUGCGGCUGGGCUUGUGGGAAGCUCGGUUUGGAAGACUGUUCACCCUACAGCAUAGUCGAGCUGCUGGACUCGGACACGAUCUCUGGGAGUCUGCAGGGAAAGUCGCUGGAAACAUCCUCGGUGUGAAUAGAAAUCAGGCGGCAUUUUCUCAGCUGGUUAUCGGUCCUGUUUAUUGCCACUUUGCGAGUAUUAAAGGGUUAGUUCACCCAAAAAUUACAUUUCUGUCAUUAAAUACUCACCCUCAUGUCAUUUCAAACUUGUAAGACUUUCCUUCAUCUUUGGAACACAAAUUAAGAUAUUUUUGAUGAAAUCCGAGAGUUUUUCCGCCAUUGACAGCUACACAAGUACCACUUUCAAGCCCCAGAAAGGUAGUAAAGACACCGUUAAAGAAAUCCAUGUGACUCCAGUGGUUUAACCUCAAUUUUUGAAGCAUCACGAGUGCUUUGUUUCCACACAAAAAACACAUAAUUUACCACUUUAUUUACAAAAUAUUAAAGGGGACCUAUAAUGCCCCUUUCACAAGAUGUAAUAUAAGUCUCUGGUGUCCGAGAAUGUGUCUGUGAAGUUUCAGCUCAAAAUACCCCACAGAUCAUUUAUUAUAGCUUGUCAAAUUUGCCUCUAUUUGGGUGUGAGCAAAAACACACCGUUUUUGUGUGUGUCUCUUUAAAUGCAAAUGAGCUGCUGCUCCCGGCCCCCUUUCCAUAAAAGGGCAGAGUUUUAACGGUUGCUCAACAACAACAAAGCUGGAGAAUCUCACGCAGCCAAAAUGAGGAUUGUCAGUAACGGUGUUCAGCCUUACAUUGUUCAAACCGGAGUCGACACUGAUGGAGAGACGUUUCUGAAUGGUUAAUGGAUAAAGUAGAGUCACAUGGAUUACUUUAAUGAUGUCUUUACUACCUUUCUGGAGCUUGAAAGUGGUAGUUGCGUAGACUGUCAAUGGAGGGACAGAAAGCGCUCAGAUUUCAUUAAAAAGAUCUUCAUUUGUGUUUCGAAGAUGAACGAAAGUCUUACGGGUGUGGAACGACAUGAGGAUGAGUAAUUAAUGACAGAAUUUAAAACUUUUGUUUUGUUUUACCUAUUUAGUCUUGCUUACCAACAAAGUUGUGUUUUUUCUUAUUUCAUACUUUCAUAAGAUGUAUAUUUAAAAUAUUUAUUCUUUGCUAUUUUAUUUUAUUUAUUUAGUAACACUUUACAUUAAGGUCCUAUUACUCAACAUUAGUUAAUACAUUUACUAACAUUUUAUACUAAUAUAUUUGUUGCAUUAUUUAUUAAUCUUUGUUAACAUUGGGUAAUAAAAUGCAUCUAUUAAUUGUUAGUUCAGGUAUAUUAAAUAAUAUUAACAGAUACAACUAUUGAUUUUAAUAAUGUAUUAGAAAUUGACAUUAACAAAGUUUAAUAAAUGCUUUAGAAGUAUUUUUCAUUGUUAAUGUAGUUAACAAAUGGAAAUUUCUUGUAAAGUGUAUACAUUUAUUUGAACGGUUUGCAUGUUUUAUUUUCAUUAAACAUAUUUUUCUGUAAACCAGAACAGAGGAGUAUAUGCUUUUCAUAACCUCCUGUAAAGUUAAGCCAUAUAUAUGCAAUUAAACUGUGAUUGUGAGAUUGUGAGAGCCCUGCAUACUCUCUAUUAUGUAGUUUUACUUUGUUCACUAACGACGAACCCCAAAGUGAAUUUAUGUCAAGAACGUUGUGAGUGAGUGUGUGUGUGUUUAUGUUUGUAUACGGGGCAGACAGUUAUUCCAAAAAUGAUGUUCAUAACCAGUUCAAUGACUGUGUCUUGGGCAUCAAAAGAACAUUUUAAAUCAUUUUAUAUAAAAUGCAUCAUGAGAAAUGUAUGUUACUUUUAACAUUUGUUUGAUUAUAGUUUGGUUAAUUUUUUUUUUUUUUUUUUUUUUUUUUGGAAGUUUUGUAUUUUUUCCUUUUUGUUUCUCUUUGUUUUAACCAUUUGACCUUACAGUUUGCACUUUCAUUGUGCAGUAAUGCUCAGAAGAGACAAUAAAAUUCGUAUUCCUGUA